UUUUGGUUGCUUAUACCACCACAAGUUUUUGGACCCUCCAACGAAUUUACAUAGAUUAAAGUAGUACUACACACGCGGUUUACCGUGACCUACACAUCCCGGGCGCGUGCUUGUCCGCAUACAUUAAUUCAGAAUGAAAAUUGUAGUACCGCUUCUAUGGACACUUAUUCUAGUGCAAGGAACGCAAUGUGCGAAAAUUCUCGGGGUUUUUCCAGUACAUACAAAAAGCCACUAUUUUCUGGGUAGUAGCCUUAUGCGAGGACUCGCCGAAAAAGGGCACGACGUGACUGUGCUAAACACCUUCGGGGAAAAAAAUCCACCGAAGAAUGGGUCCUACAGAGACAUCAUUCUUACGUCGGAAAUGACUCAGUCGGAUGGCGUAGAUUACGACCUAUUCCAAAUCGUCAAGCAAAACUUCAUCGUACAUAGCUUGUACUUGAACUGGAUGGGCAACUCUGUCACUGAAACCACCCUAAGCCACCCCAAAGUCCAGAAACUCGUUAAUUCGGGGGAAAAAUUUGACGUCGUCAUCAUAGAACAAUUCAUCAAUGAUGGUUUAAAAGUUCUAGCGCACCAGUUCCAGGCACCGUUGGUACUAUUUUCAACUUUCGGCUCCAACGCCUGGAUUAACUCCUUGGUGGGAAACCCGGCGCCACCGUCAUACGUUCCAGAGCAACACAUCGUAUUCGACUCCUCCAAUUUCUUGGAUCGACUCAGAAAUUCCAUCAUCCACACUUUCGGUUAUAUAAACCGGUACUUCUUGUUCUUCCCGGCGCAGAACAAAAUCGUGAAGAAGUACUUCCCGGACGCGCCUGACUUGGACGUACUCUUGUACAACGCGUCUUUGGUACUCUUGAAUUCCCAUUUAAGUACGAACAUGGCAGUACCUAGAGUACCGAACAUGGUCGACAUAGGCGGCUUUCACUUAAAACCGCCGAAAACACUACCGCAAGAGUUGCAGAAGUAUCUGGAUGAAGCCAAACACGGGGUUAUUUAUUUCAGUAUGGGGUCAGGUCUGCAAAGUACUAAUCUUCCAGUUGAGAAACGAAACGCUCUUGUGCGAGUUUUUUCCAAACUGAAGCAAAAUGUUUUGUGGAAAUGGGAAAGCGAUGUUUUGCCGGGGCAGCCGAAGAAUGUCGAAGUACGGAAGUGGCUGCCGCAGCAAGACAUUUUAGCACAUCCCAAUAUUAAGGCGUUUAUUACCCAUGGGGGUCUUUUGAGUCUGAUCGAAAGUGUGUACCAUGCCGUUCCAAUCCUGGCUAUUCCAGUAUUCGGGGACCAAAUCUGGAAUGCUAAGGAGGCUGCAGCCAAUGGUUUAGGACGGUGCAUUCCCUAUAGCCAACUCGACGAAAGUAAAUUCGGGGAAGCACUUAACGACGUGUUAAAUAAUCAAAGAUAUCGUGAUAAUAUGAAGAGGAGAUCAAAGGUUAUGCACGAUCGUAGACAUACACCUUUAGAUGAUGCUGAUUAUUGGAUACGAUAUGUCAUUCGCCACCAGGGGGCUCCUCAUCUGAGGGUAGCCGGAUUAGACUUACCUUGGUAUCAAAAUCUAGCUUUAGACGUGGUACUCUUUAUCGUGGCUGUGAUUUUGUUAGUAUUUUACUCGUUUUAUGUUUUGAUAAAAAUUGUAAAAAAAAUAGGAAACGCGCGAAGUAAUAAAGUUAAGAAAAAAUAAUUACGUAACAUGAUAAUAUCUGAUAUGAUAUGUGUGACUUAUAGCAUUGUUUAAGUAUAUUAUAGUUG